AUGAAAGCAAAGGAAAAAUUAGGUCAUUCUUCGUCUAAUCAAACUCCUAUUGAAGCAGAGAAACCAACUUCAACUAAUGAAGUGGUAAGUGAAGAUGAAGAGGAAUUGAAUGAAGGAGAUGGACCAGCCUCCCAGACUCCUGAGAUGACAGCAAUAAGAAAAGAAGAAAAGAGGAAAAGAAGAUCAGUAGAAGUAACACCUUAUAGAAAUGAAGGUGGAGGUGAGACUGUAGGAAAUGAAGGUCGAGGAAAUCAAGGUGAAGUUGUUUCUGGAACAAAUGAAGGUGGAGGAAAUGAUGGUCCUGUUGUUACUGGAGGAAAUGAAGGUGGAGGAAAUGAUGAUGUUGUUGUUACUGGAGGAAAUCAAGGUGGAGGAAAUCAAGGUGUACUUGGUAUUACUGAAGAUGGCACUUCUAAUGGUUCUGCUAUUGAUAAAGGUAAAGCAGUGAUUGAGGAGGACAAGAAGGAUGGAAAAAAGAAGUAUCCACCAAAGGAAACUGCAAGAGAAAUCAAUGAUGCCAUGGAGUUUAUACCUAAGAAGGGUAAUGGGAGACCUUGGGCGACGACGACUCGGAUACUCCGCCCCGUCAACAAGCUCCAUCAAAGCAAGGGAGAGGCGGUAAAAAAGGAGGAACAAGUGUUAAAGGAGGAACAAGUGCUAAAGGCGGAAAAAAAAGGAGGAACAAAGGGAGGUCAUGCUGGAACAAGUGCUGCUCGUGGUGGAAAAGGUCGAGGUGAAACAAGUGCUCGAGGUGGACGUGGUGGAGGAAACCCGUCCGUAAGAGGUUCACGGUUGGGAAACACCUAG